AUGUCUUCUGAGACAGCCGAAUACGGGGCGUCCCAUGGGACGGGUUGGGGCCCACAGGGUCCCCUACGAGAUAGGGAGAGGCGGCGGCAAGACAACAGUGAGGGGGGCACUUCGUUUCAACUCUGUGCGUCGGCUUGUCAAAGCGUCAGCACCGAGCAGGAUGAGCCGAUGAAGCACAAGUCUUUGCAGAAUUGCUGCAACAGCAACAGCAGAUAUAACUGCAGCAGCAACUGCGGCAGCAACAGCAGCAACAACAACAACAGCAGCCGCAACGGCAGCACAAGCAGCACCUUAGCGACAUCUUCCUUGGGUCCUCCUGCUGCAGGUGCUGCUGCCUACCCCCAGGAGGGAGGGUCUGGAUCCCCUCCCGGGUCGUUACAGUCUUUGAGACUCCUUCAGGAGGUGCAGGGUCUGCCGGGGUCUCAUGGUACGCAUGCACGACACUUGAUGUGCUUUUUGCAACGUCUCUGGUGGACAAACCUUCGCUCUCGGCAUCAGGGGGCUCCUUGCUCUUCUUCACAAGAAGUUAGAGGAGGGCUUACGGUGUAUGAACACGAGACGGAGGUGGGGCUUUCUCAGAUUGGCGUCUGUGCAGUGGCUGCUGCUGAUCCCCUCUGUCCUUCCUCGGUAAACGGAGACACCAGCAGCAGCAGCAGCACCUUGCCUAGGCAGUGCUGCUGUGCUGCCUCUGAGCCUAAACGUCGCCAUCGGAGAUCUCCAUUCUGCAUCUGCCGGGCUAACUCAUGCCCCGGCAGAGUUGGUGCUGCAGCAGGAGCAGCAGGAGCAGCAGGAGCAGCAAAGGGGGCUUAUGGUAUUGGCAGCUUUGGAGACAGACGGCGUGCCUCUCUAUUUAACCUGAUCGAAGGGAGAGUGGACUCAUGCAUUCCCGCUAGAAGGGGACGUACGAGGGGACAGCAGCAUCCGCAGCAGCAGCAACAGCAACAGCAGCAGCAACAGCAACAGCAGAACCUGCGGCGGCAGGGUUGUGGAGAGACAGCUGCUGGCAGCAGCAGACGAUCGGGCAAUUGUGAAGAAGAUCUUCUUCGUAAGAAGCUGUGGACUUUAGGGUCUCUUCCAGAUCAUGCAAUGGUGGUGAAGAUGCCUUCUCAAGUUGGGCGGCUGUCUUCUUGUAUAUUUUCUCCUCUGAGGGCUUCGCAAACACUAGGAGGAGGCAGAGGCGACCGCAGGGCCUGUGACAACACUCCUCCUCCUUCAGGCAUCAAAUUGCUACCUGUUGUAACCCCCAAAGGAGAUGAAACCCCCAGGAGGGCCUCUGUUCAUGUAGUGGUUAAUACAGAUUAUGAGGGGGCCCCUCGUGGGGGCCGCAGGCUGCCCGCGUCGAACAGCCUUCAGGAUUUGCAUGUGCUGGGAGGAGAUGGCGGCUGCUUCGUUCAUCUCCGUCAGCCUCACCACCUUAAUCCGCCGAUGGGCUGCAACACUAGCCGCAGCAGCAACAGCAGCAGCAGCAGCAGCAGCAGCGGAGACGGUUCGCAUAGAGGAGAGAGACACAACAACUUGGCCAGUCAGGGUGCUGCACCGCUCACAGCUGUGCGAUGGACUCGCCCUUCGCAAGAGCCGCAAACAGCAGCAGCAACAGCAGCAGGACCAGCAGCAGCAGGAACAAGAGGGCGCGUGGGAGCCCCAGGACCAGCAGCUUCGUCAGCAUCCAAGGCAGCUACAGCAGCAGCAGCUCCACCAGCAGCAGCCUCGCGAAGCAGCCGCGGUGUCCCCGGGAAGACCGUUAUAUCUACUGUCUCCGCAUGCAGCUGGUCAGACCCGCCUAGCGUUAGGGCCUGCCCCAUUCAAAAGUACCUCGCUCACACGCAACGCAGUGCAGCGGAGGCAGAAGAAGAGAGGCUGGUAAGGUGUCUCUCAGGCUGCAGCACCUGCAAGUCUGAAGGGACAGCUUCGUUUUGUGCAGUGGACCAUAAGCACAGCAGACAAGGAAGGGGUGAGGGGACAGCACGAAGCGAUGCUCCUCGCUACUUAGCAAUGAGUGAUUGUUUAUCAGAAUACCCAGAGAUCUUAGUGCAGCUUCUUAGGGGCCCAUUGGGACGGAGACACCCGGAAGUCGAUUUGCUGCGUCUCCAAAAAGAAGCAAAGCCUCCUCAGGAGACAGAAGAACCAGAUGUUUCUCUUUCUUACUGUGCGUCCAUCCAUCUUCUUGUUUGCAUUCCUAGAGACGACAAGAGAUAUAGAGGAGGGGAAGACGCUUGGUUUCUUGAUGCAUCACAGAACGCCUUUGGUGUAGCUGAUGGGGUGUCUGAGUGGGAAGACUUAGCUGGAAUAAACCCGCAAGAAUAUGCACAAGAUUUAAUGCAGGGGACGCAGGAGGCGCUGGGUCUAAUACAGAAAGAGCAGCAGCAGCAGCGGAAGGCGCAGGCAAACAAGGAAGGAAAGAAACAUAAAAAAGGGGGUUCUGAGGGGGAGACAGAUGCAGAAGGAGACACUGAAAACACCCGUCGUCUUAAUCCUGCAGAUCUUGCAAAAGAAGCACUCACUAGGGCUUAUCAUAAGGCCCGCAACUUUGGUAGCAGUACAGCCAUAGUAGGCGUCCUUGAUGGAGACAGCGGGGUAUUUGGCCUUGCUAACUUGGGCGACAGCAGCAGUUUGGUGCUGCGUCGGCCUCGUGCGCGGGGGUCUUUGACUCAGUUGAGUUUAGUAAAGAAAGUAAAAGAAAUGCAACACGGCUUUAAUGUUCCUUUUCAGUUUGCACAUCUCCCUGCACCUGAGGAGUGGGAUGGCUUGCUGCAGAAGGGUUUGACUCGGUUGGUUGGCAUAGCGAAGCAGGAGUACGGACAGGGUAACGGGGGGAAGAUAGGAGACGAGCCUUCUGCUAUUCAAUCAACCAGUGUCCCUGUUCAAGAUGGAGACCUCAUCAUUUUAGGGACAGAUGGUCUCUUUGACAACGUCUUCGACUUCGAAGUCCUCGCCCUCACUGGUCUCGCUGUCUCUCCUCAUGAGGCGCAAACUUUACUUGGAGAUGCAUCACUUGCAACUCCCCCAGAGGAUGUAGCGAGGGCUCUAGCACUUGCUGCUUACUGGAGGUCUCUUGAUAGAGACGCACAAACGCCGUUUUCUAAGGAGGCGCGGAGAUGUCAUAACAAACAGUCUCUACCUGUACAGACACCCGACGGCUCAUCAGAACAAGGGGCCCCACAGGCAUCACCAGUGCAUGCAAUGUUCUUAGCGGGGCUGCUAAGCGGCGGUAAAGAAGAUGAUAUUACCGUUGCUGCAGCGUGGGUCUGCCGCAAGGACAGGUGUAUAUACACCUCAGAUGGGGACGCAGAGUCAGCAGCAGAAAAGAAGUUCAGCCAGAGAAUGCCAGCCAACACACCCUUGUUGCAGCGGCAACAGCAGCAGCACCAGCAUCAACAGCAGCAGCACCAGCAGCAGCGGCAGCAGCAGCAGCACCAGCAGCGGCAAUCAGAGGGAGCAGCUGCACCAAACAAGGAGAAGCAGACAUAA